CCCCUGUUGGUCAAACAGCGGCAGCACAGGGACAGUGCAAACAAACAUGGCGGCGCCCUUCUGAUUCUCUGCUCCUGAAUCAGCGAUUCAUCAGGGAGCUUCUUCACACAGAAACAGGAUCUGAAACAGGUGACUUCACUCUGAAACAGGAGAAGGGGUUCUCUCCAUCAUGUCCCGGCUGGCUGUGGUCUGUGGGGGCUCCAGGGGCAUUGGGGGGGCCGUGUCCCGGCUGCUGGCAGAGAGGGGCUGCAGGGUGGCGGUUCUUUCCAGGAACCAGGACUCUGCCCGGGCCAUGGUGGAGUCUCUGCCCGGAGGACUUUCAGAGCACCUGGCUCUCAGCUGUGACGUCUCUAAAGAGCAGGAGGUGAAGAAGACCUUCGACACGAUCCACAAAACCUGCGGGAGCGUCUCGUACCUGGUGAACGCCGCCGGCAUCAACAAGGACUCCCUGCUGCUGAGGGCCCGUCCUGAGGACAUGGUGUCUGUGCUGCACACCAACCUGCUGGGCUCCAUGCUGACCUGCAGGGCGGCGCUGCGCUCCAUGCUGAACACCCCGGGGGCCGCCAUCGUUAACAUCGGUUCUGUUGUGGGUCUGAAGGGGAACCCGGGUCAGAGUGUCUACAGCGCCUCCAAGUCCGGUCUGCAGGGCUUCACUCGCUCUCUGGCUAAAGAAGUGGCUUCAAGAAACAUCAGAGUCAACCUGCUGCUUCCAGGGUUUAUCCGUACAGACAUGACGGCGGGUCUGCAGGAGUCCGAGCGUCCGAUCCCCCUGCAGAGGUUUGGGUCCCCGCAGGAAGUGGCUCAGGCCGUCCUCUUCCUGCUGGAGGCUCAGUACGUGACGGGGGCCGAGCUGCUGGUGGACGGGGGUCUGCAGCUCAGCCUGUAGGGGGCGCUCUCUGCAGAGGGACGUGUGUGAGGCAGAGGAUGCAGAGCUGGAUGCAGAGCUGCAGCGAGGAGUCGUCCUCAUGCUCUUCUCUGUUAUUACAAAUAAAGUGAAGACACUUUUUCAUAUUUCUGUCAUUUUCUAAAAGCAGAGCUGCAACAAAGCGAUGGAUAAACAGAGCUCUGAGGAAACUGAAACUCUAUCUGAACUGUGCUUUAUCCUCCAACACCGACUGCCAGCUGAGGAACCCUGCAGAUGCUGUGUGGAGAUAUUUGAGAUCAGGGGGACGGAGAUUCAUUUCAUUUGAACCGUCCUAAAGAUAUUCACUCCCAAUAUAAAUAUGAUCAUAAAACAGCAGCGCUCCAGAGAGGCUCUCUAUGAUUAGAUCCUAACAUGUUCUACAUCCCUCUGUCUGAAAGAAAUAUAUAGAACACAGAAAUGACAAAUAAUAAAUAUUAAGUAGUUCAAUCAAA